UCGAUAUUGUUGGAACCUCACUCGAGAAGUUGCGUUGGUGGGGGACGAGAGCCAGAUGUGAGAUAGCCCCUGUGAACGUUGAACCCCCAUGAGUGUAUAUACUAGUUCGUGAAAACAGAAAGUCCUACAUGGGGGAUUUUAAAUACAACAACGCUUCGUCCGUAGGUUCCAUAAGUACGGAAACUUACGUAAUUAACACGUCGACACCGAGCGUGUUCUACUCCAGUGCAACAGACGGAGGCAGCGGCUCCACAAGCAAAAUGCAAGAUGACUGCCUCGUUGAGCAGGGUGGGGGCGUCAAGCCGCAGGGGAUGGCCACUGGCGGGGUCGACGGUUCCGAUGACCAGCAACAGCAGCAACAGCAACACACAAAUAACGACGAGGAGACCAAAACAGGUGUAAAGGGGGAGUCUUCGGGCCCUCCGGUGGGGAGCAACGCGCCCGGCACAGGCCAAGGCCCUUUGGGGUCAGGCAGCACCCCUGGACCUUCGGUACUAGGUCCUCCAGGUUCAGGAGUAUCGUCGGCAGCUGCGGCUGCUGCCGCUGCAGCGGCAGCAGCAGCUGCUGGUGGAGGAGGGCCGGGAUCAGGAGUGGUGGGUGGGCCAGGGGGCGGGGGAGGCCUGGUGGAGCCCACUGCUCUACCAGCUUCAUUGGCCUCGUCUGUAGCUUCCCUUUGGUCGCCUCCGUCCGUCGAUGACACACUUUUACAUUCUGGUAUGCCAACCAUCAAUGGUUCACUGGCAUUCCAUGGUCUAGGGCCGAGCAACCCUGGAGGGCCAGGCUCUGGUGGUCCGUCACCCCUGUUCAGUGCCAAUCUGGGGCCGCAGCUGGGGCUAGGACCAACGGGCCCGCAAAACCCUCAACAGCGCAGGAACAUGCAGCAGGCAGCACCCAACUUUCCGGGGCAAGCAAGACCCCAGUCCCUAGGACCCGCCCCCGGACCUCAAGCCCCAUUUCUAGCCAAUAAGUAUUCCUCUUCGUGGUCUUCGGGGCUUGGCUCGCAGGGUAGUGCGUGGUCUCCAGGGCCGUCACCCCAGGGUAAUUCACCUGGGGGUCCAGGAGGUGGGCCUGGCAAUGCACCUGGAGCACCAUCUCUACCUGGCAUGAGCUCCUGGUCUGCGAGAGGCCGGGGUGGCAUGGGAGGCAUGAAUCCUCUUGGCCACAACUUGGGUGGUAUGUCCUCUGUCCCACGGAAAAGCUCUAACCUCCCCAACGCUUCCUCCAUGGUGAUGAACAAGUUUCGACGUUCUACAAGCUAUCCCGGGAAAGGACCCUUCCCGCAUCCCCCUUCCUUCGAGAUAACUGGUGUCGAUGAUGGCGCAUUCCCCCGUGAUCUUCUACAGUUUCCGGUAUGCUUGGCGUAUAAUGGUCGUGAGGCAGGAUCAGGAACGGACUACCUGGACGGACGGAACGGGGUGGGGAACGGCACGGGUCCUCUGGAGAACAUGCGGGGAUUCGAACACUGUUUGAACGACAUCAUGCGGACCGACCCGCACGACCACAUCAAGGGUUUCAUGAACUGCGGCACCAAUACACUACAGGCGCUGGCCCAGCUCCACGGCCGUGGAUACAGUCGUAGGAGAGGUAAAGGUGGUUUCCUGGGAAUGGAUGAAACUGGUGUAUUACUUGACGAGGGUCAUCUAGUAGAUAAUCUAGGUGCGCCUAUUCCCCUUCCUUCACCCUCCCGGUCCUCGCCACGCUCUCAAGGUUCCGAAAACGGAGAACGCUUCUCUCGUAAAGUUUUUGUUGGUGGACUCCCGCCCGAUAUAGACGAAGAGGAAAUAACUGCAAGUUUUCGACGAUUUGGUCCUUUAGUCGUGGAUUGGCCACAUAAGGCAGAAAGUAAAUCCUAUUUCCCUCCUAAGGGGUAUGCGUUCCUUCUUUUCCAGGAUGAAAGUAGUGUUCAACAAUUAAUUGAUGCCUGCAUUCAGGAUGAUGAUAAACUGUACCUGUGUGUCUCGUCGCCAACUAUUAAAGAUAAACCGGUUCAGAUCCGACCAUGGCGACUCUCCGAUGCUGAUUUCGUCCUCGAUGCCUCGCUUCCGUUAGAUCCUCGCAAGACAGUGUUUGUUGGAGGCGUACCCAGGCCUCUUAAAGCUGUUGAACUUGCAAUGAUAAUGGAUCGUUUAUAUGGUGGGGUCUGUUACGCUGGAAUCGAUACAGACCCUGAGUUAAAGUAUCCUAAAGGUGCCGGCCGAGUUGCGUUCUCCAACCAGCAGAGUUAUAUAGCUGCCAUCAGUGCCCGAUUUGUACAGUUACAACAUGGUGAUAUUGAUAAAAGGGUUGAGGUUAAGCCAUAUGUUCUAGAUGACCAAAUGUGCGAUGAAUGCCAGGGAGCACGCUGUGGAGGGAAGUUUGCCCCUUUCUUCUGUGCCAAUGUUACUUGCCUGCAGUACUACUGUGAACACUGUUGGCAGACCAUCCACUCGCGCCCAGGACGUGAAUUCCACAAGCCGCUAGUCAAAGAGGGAGCCGAUCGCCCCCGCACUGUACCAUUCAGAUCUCCCUGGCGGUGGCACCGAGAACCCGGGUGGUGCCUCACAAACAAGUAAUGAGAAGAAAUUUGCCAUAUACUAAGGAUUCCCCUCCCAUGCCUGCCAACUGCUGUGGGUCAAACACAAAAGGAUAUCAAGAAAAACUUCAAGCAACUCAUUCAAGCAGUCACCAAGCAAAGUCAGUACUCCCCCUUUAACCCCACUGGAUGCCUCAUACUUUAUAUAUAUCUCACAUCCAACACUGUAAGCAAAAGCCAUCAAUUUACAGCAUCAAAAAUAUAAAAAACAACUAAGCAAAAAGGAGCCAUGUUGAUUGUGGCUUGUUAUAGGAGCUUCACGUGUUUCUGUAUGUGGGUGAACCAAGGUGUGCCGUAGUGUAAUUGUCAGCCCUGUGCUUGUCCCCCCCCCCAAAGGCUUAGCUCUUUCUUCCACAUGACGGCCAUUGGAUAGCAUUGCUCACUUGUGAUAGGAUGAUGUUUGUACACCUCUUUUUCUAGAUGGGCCAGAUUUUUCUACUUCGCAGUUUUUUCAGCAACUGGCAGAAGCACUCGGGCUGAUGAUUCAGAUGUAGUUUACCCAUCGUAGUGAUAUCAGUUUCUGUGUUACAGAAAUCUUUGUAGUGUCUUUCACAAGCUUACCCACAGAAUGGCUUAUUUGUCCAAA